AUGGCCGACACAGAACCCACGACCCAAUUGUCCUCGACGCCCCGCGGCGGGAAGCGAGGCCGAGGCAAUCGAUCGCACCAACACAAUCGCAACGGAUCUUUCGACCAGGACUCCCCUGACACCGGCGGCCUAGGUAGCAGCUCGAGAGGAGGUCGAGGUACAAGAGGAGGAAGAGGGCGCGGGCGGGGGCGAGGACAUGGACGAGACGGCACAUCCACCCUCACCACAUUUUCACCUCAAUCUGCUGCGGAAGCCAGCUCAGGAAGACCACCGGGAGGCGGCUUCGGUGCUCGCCUGACCGAAGCUGCCUCGAGAACCGAAGGCGACUCCAAAGACCCUCGAUCUGGACAGAACGUCGCAGAGGCUGAAGUUGUAGCGACCGAAGAACAGGAACUCUGCUUCAUCUGUGCCAGUCCUAUUGAGCAUAUCUCUGUUGCUCCCUGCAACCACCAGACAUGCCAUAUUUGUUCGUUGAGAUUGAGGGCACUCUACAAGACACGAGCAUGUGCUCACUGCCGGACAGAAGCACCCUUCGUGAUCUUCACUGACAAUACCGAGAAACGAUACGAGGACUGGAAGGACAAUGAAUUUGUCAAGAUCGACGACAAUCUUGGGAUCAAAUAUGAAAAAGAUGUCAUCCUGGAAGAUACCGUCUUGCUCCUCCGGUACAACUGCCCAGACAAAGACUGUGAUGUCGCAUGCCUCGGCUGGCCCGACCUACAUCGCCACGUCAGAAGCAAACAUGGGAAGAUGAUGUGCGAUCUGUGCACAAGGAACAAGAAAGUCUUCACCCACGAGCAUGAGCUGUUCACAUUUGGCGACCUGCGGAAACAUGAGAAAUUCGGGGACGACAACCCAGGGGCCGUAGACCAGUCUGGCUUCAAGGGACAUCCUGAAUGCGGCUUCUGUAAGCAGCGGUUCUACGGGGACGACGAGCUCUACAGCCAUUGCCGAGAGAAGCACGAGAGGUGCCACAUCUGUGACAGGAGAAAUGGCGGCAGGAAUCCCCAGUACUACCUAAACUACCAGGAACUCGAAAAACAUUUUGCAGCCGAGCACUUUGUCUGCCUGGAUGCCGAAUGUCAGGCCAACAAGACGAAUGUCUUUGAGUCCGAAAUGGACUUGAAAGCACAUCAACUCUCAGAACACCCAAAUGGGCUGUCGAAGGAUGCACGCAGAGACGCACGUCUGGUCAAUCUGUCAGGAUUCAACCUCCGCGAAGCCUACCAGCCUCCGCGAAGAGAUCGAGAUCGCGGCAACCGUGGCAGUGGAAGAGGUAGAGACCCGAAUGCUGAGCCACUACCGCUUUCCAGUGCGCAGCCCAUCGGACGAGCAGAGCUGGCUUAUCAACGUCAACUCGCGAUUCAAAGUUCCCAAUCCGUAUCAGGCAGGACUUUCGGAGGACAACUCACUCAGGCUACUCCUGUCAGCCGUCCGCAGCCGGCAUCACCACAGCCAGCUCCAUCACUUCCCACCAUGGACAACCUCACUCUGGAGGAGAGACCAGUCUCCAUGGCGAAUCUGACCCCACAAGAGCAAGGGAGGGCACUGCGCCACCAGGCAGUAACCGAACGUGCCACAUCGCUUCUCAAGAACGACAAAACGAAACUGUCCCAAUUCCGUACUCAUGUUUCCGCCUACCGGAGUGGCACCAGCUCUGCAAACGAAUUGAUUGACGCAUUCUUCUCCCUAUUUGACUGCCCCAGCUCAGAAUUGGGGAAGCUGAUCCGUGAACUGGCAGACUUGUACGAGGACGAAACGAAGCGGCAAUCUUUGCUUGAGGCGUGGAACAAUUGGCGGAGUAUCAACGAGGAUUACCCUAGUCUGCCCGGUCCCAGUGGCACGCUGCCUGGAGUGUCAAGCGCCGCUGGUAGCGGUCGACGAGUAUUGACACUCAAGAAAAGCACAGCACAAUCAUCUCGCUCAGCAGUGGCAAGACAAGACUCUUGGGGAAACUCGGUCGCCAAUGGCCGAAGCCAAGACCCUUUCCCAGCGCUGUCGGCUGCGAACGGUGGCUCUUCUCGUGCUUCUGCCGUGUCAAUCCCGCCAGCGUGGGGGAACACUUCGGCUCCGUCGAUCUCGAACACCAGCAUGAGCGCAACGCCAUACCGCCCGCCACCCACGACGGCAUCCACGCUCCGCCAGAAGACCAAUGCCCGUCAGACUGCCCCGCCUCGCGCGACGGAAGAUGCAUUCCCUUCCCUUCCAGCCGCGCCCAAGCCGAAUACGAUGAUGGUCGGCUUCAACACGCGGGGCUCGGUGAAGUGGCUUGCCUCGCCCUCUGGAUCGGGGACAGCGACACCCCUCAAUCCCUGGGGCGGCGGCGGUGGUACGACUCCCACGCCCGCGCAGGCGCAAGCUGCCGUAGCCGCAGCGGCAGGCAGUACAGGAUUGUCCGGCAGCGGCGGUGACCACGACGGCGAGACCGCAGGGAAGAAAAGGGGCAAGAAGGGGAAGAAGGGAGAGACCCUGUUCCACUUCGGAUAA